AGUGCAUUCCACAGUUGUGUGAUUUUAUUCUGCCAGUAUUUAUUACCAUAUAAAUAUAAAUAAAUGGAGUGGAUGCGAAAGCGGAAUAAAAAAAUAUCAAAUGAAAACGAAACCAAAUAGUUAAAAUAAAAAGCAGGCAAGACUGCAAAUAUUCAUAUUUACGUACCUGUGGAUAAGUGAUAAAGUUAUACUUGGAUUAAUGCACUAGCGGAUAUAUUCACCAUAAGGAAAUUCUGUUCUUGAAUGGAAUCGCUUGUAAAUACACACAAAUUAUCAAAAUAGUAAAAAUCCACUAACAAACAUAAAAAGCAAUUUUGCUGAAAUAUAAUUAUAUAAAGCUGCAUAAUGUCGAGUCAAACCCCAACAGCUUCAAAUAGUACAGAAAGCAAUAAUGAGAAAAGGGACGGUGUAGGCGGCUGUGGCUGCAGUAGUCCGCCUGUCAAUGCAGUAAGCAGUGAAAGCAAAGAAAACUCCAGAAAAAAAGAUUUCUUGGAAAAUAUAGAAAUUGAAGAUCAGGCUCACGGGACAGACUCAGGGUUUUUGUCUUGCCCGCUAAGCUCUAAUUUCGAAGAGCAAGAGGAACAGAAACAUAACUCUGCCGGAAACCGUUCAAACAAUUUUGACAAGUUAAGCAGUGACGAAAGAACGGUAGGCUAUACUGAAGAUUCAUAUCGUCACGAGAAGGCUAAGGAAGAGGUUUAUGUGGUUGAUUCGGGUUGCAUAGAAGAAGAAGAAGAAUACGACGAGUCUAACGCCGCAGAAACGAAAGCCGAACAACAACAAGAACAGAAUUCACAUAGCACAACUGGUGCAUCGAGCAUCACAAAUUCGCACGAUUCAAAAAUGAAACUCAAACACGAUGUCGAUGCCCACAUUUCCGAAAGAUUUCGCAGUCUAAGUUUACAAAAUGAGCCAAUAAAUAACUUGAACGCGUCUGGCAGAGUGGCGACAGUUGAGCCUGUAGCAACAGUACCAACAAAAACGGCAGAUUCUAAUCAGCUAGAAGCAUGGGAACAAUGCUACCAACAAAAUGAUGAAGGGGACACCUACCUUCACUUGGCGUGCAUAUCAGGACAUGAAAACGUUGUAGCAGCUCUUAUCCGUCUCGCUAUACAUCCCUGUCUUCUAGAUAUAAAGAAUGAUUACAGCCAAACUCCAUUGCAUCUAGCGGCGCUCACAAAGCAAAGAAGAAUUUUGCGCAUGCUCUUACUAGCCGGUGCUGAGCCAACUAUUCGGGACCGCCACGGAAAUACAGCUUUGCAUCUUGCCUGCAUGUCUGGCGAUGAGCAAUGUGUCAGUGCGUUAACAAUGCCAUUCAGUGCUUCAGAGAUCAACGAAGCGCAUCGUCAGUAUGGUUACAGGUCGAACGAUAAAUUAUUUUCUUCUCUAAGUUAUGCACGCUUACCUCCCGAUUUAGAGAUUCGUAACUACGAUGGCGAAUAUUGUGUUCAUAUCGCUGCCGAGACGGGCCAUUUAAAAAUACUAAGUAUUUUAGUACAACAUGGCGCGGAUAUCAACGCCAGAGAAGGAAAAGGUGGCUACACACCGCUACACAUGGCCAUUGAGAAGGGCAAUGAGGAGCUAUUCAAUUUCCUACUCGACGAUUGCAAACAUACUCUGAAUUUGGAAACAUCAACUUUCGCCCGAUUGACUGCAUAUCAGUUUGCCUGUAUUUUGAAGAGAUCGCAGAUGGAAAGCAUUUUGGAAAAUCAUGGUGCAGAGCCUCUCACACCACCGGAAAGUGAAUACGAAAGUAGCGACGAUGAAUCAGAUUUAGAAGAAUCUAAGAACUAUGACCGAUUUGUCAAUUACACAGGAGGAAAUGCUAUGGCAGUCAUGUAAAAGAUAAAGACUUGCUGGGCACCACAUUUGGUGUAUGCGUUGGCGCGUGCGUUCGCUUGAAGGAGUACCUUAAUACGCUCAAUGUACUUAAAUUGAAAGAAAUUUAAGAUAUACGAAUAAAUAAUUGCCGAAAAAUUAAAAUAGAGAAUUCUAAA